ACACGAUCACGAUGUUGUCCGGUCGGCCCAUCUGGCUUUCGUCGGAGUGUAUCGGGACACGUCUGAGGCGAAUUGGAAACGCGUGACGAUUAUGCAGGGGUUUUGAGGUGAGCUAACAAAGCUCUUCACAUUUUCGUCACCCCGAGUUGGCAAAGAAUCUCCAAAAAUAUCACCAACAUGACUCACCGUGAGAGAGAAAGUAGAAAAAGACACUGGAAACCACAAGCGAGCUCGGUUCUUUUUGGCAACCCCGCAUUUGCUUCCCCAGAUUCCUGGGUUGUCGUUAUGGUCCAGGGUGAGGCAGCGCAAUGGUCUUUGAAUCCGUUUAGUUGCGCCAGGCUGUGUUGUGGUCCUGGAAACAACCACAAAUCCAACGAUCUGUAUACCUUGAGCAACCGAUGCUGGAAUUGUCGGGUCCGAAUCUCGAAUUCUGGAUGCCGGAAGCUUAAAAGGUCCCGGGAUGAUGGAUACAUGGAAUGGCAUGGCAUGGCGCCGGUAGUGUGCACAAGCGACACUGAUGUGAAGUUGGAAAAGGCUCGUUGUCGGACGCCGUGUGACGUAGAGACUGGCAUUCCCCACCUGAUUUUGUCUCAAUUUCAGGGUCGAAAUGCCAGGCACAUCCAACACCCCACGGCAUCAGGUGCCCUUCUUGUGAUCGACAAGUGGGCUGAGAGCAAGACGACCUAUACCCGGAACUUGGUCCGACAGAAAUCUUCUUUUGUGAGUAGGGCGAGGCCCUAUUGCCGAGUUGUGAAUUGGAUGGGAGGGGCCUGAAUGGGGUCAGUUUCAUGACCUGGUGAUGGAAAUGGAUAGAAGUGUUGUUGAUACCGUCGACCCGACUGCGAC